AUGGUGCGCGAUGUGCCUGAUGCCCAAGCGAUUCUUGCGCAUCAGAUCGCGCCAGCGCUGAUGGUUAACCGCUCCGGCACCGUCAUCGCUGCAAACGAAGGCAGCGUCCGACUCCUGUUACCCUUUCGUCAAAACCUGCCUUUUGCCACAGAAGGCUCAUUGCUUGGCAAAAAUAUCGCCGAUGUUGCACUGAUUCCAUUGCCUGGUGCUUCACCAGAUCUGUGCACCUGGAGUUCUAUCCUAGCUGCUGCCAUUGAUAUCAGCGAAUCAGGUGCUGCCAAUAGACAAGAUAUCCGCGCACACGUUUCUACGACAGAUCUCUAUCACAACACCAAUGCCUUUUGGGACGAUGAAGCUGAGCAACAAGCAAUCAUCGAAAGCAAUAUAUACGUUCCCCGUUAUUCCUCACAAGCGGGCACACCUAGCGCCAACGACUCCGAUGACGCUACUAGUAGACUCGUCGCCAAAGAGAAAGCCGCGUUGGAUGCCAGCAACUUGAAGAGUAGAUUUCUCGCAAAUAUGUCUCACGAAAUUCGUAGUCCAAUAUCCGGAAUCAUUGGCCUGAAUGAGCACCUUUCUGAUUGCGGACUCAAUGAAGAACAAUUGGAAUUCAGCAACUCCAUUGAAGAAAGCGCAAAAUUCCUCCUCACUCUCGUCAACAAUGUAUUGGACUUCAGCAAGAUGGAAUCUGGUCAUAUGGAUAUUGAGCAAAUACCCUUCUCGCCGCACAAGCUCAUUAGUGACACCCUCAUCCCAUUGCGACUUCAAGCAAGGGAACGAGGCCUGUCUCUGAACUUUAGGUGCGAUCUUAAGCCUGAUGCACUCUUCCUAGGAGAUCCCUGGAGGUUGCGCCAGAUUCUCACCAACUUGAUUGGAAAUAGUCUCAAGUUCACACAGGAGGGUCACAUUGCGCUUAGCGUUUACGAGGCUGGAAAGAAGGACAAUCAAGUCAUCGUCGAGUUCGUUGUGAAGGACAGCGGAGUAGGCAUUUCGAAAGAAGCGAUCGAAACACUGUUCAAACCGUUCAGCCAAGCCGAUGGCUCAACAGCAAGACUCUAUGGCGGCACUGGACUGGGCUUGGCAAUUUGCCGACAAUUAGUUGAGCUUAUGGGUGGGCACAUCGGGCUGGAAUCUGUUCAUGCCGAAAGCACCACCGCAACUUGCAAGAUCCCUUUUCAGAUAUACAAUGGGCCAACUCAUGGUCUACUCAUAUCGACCGCUUUACCUGACCGGGCGAAGCAACAGAGUCCCGAAGAGAAAGCGAACACCAAGAAGGCUCGCCACCCCAGUCCUCCCGAUGGUACGAACGCCGUGACGUUGGACUCCUUUGCAAUCACGAACACACCAGGGAUUGGCAACCACAUCCUGCUCGUGGAGGACAAUCCCAUCAACCGGAAAGUGAUCUCCAUCGCAUUAAAAAAGCUAGGCUUCGUCGUCUCAGCCGCAUGUGACGGCCAAGAGGCACUCGAUUUUCUCUGCAAGGAUUCGACAAAACCUCAGCCUAAUGCCAUACUGAUGGACUGCAUGAUGCCAAAUGUCGACGGAUAUGAGGCCACGCGGCGCAUCCGCAACGACAGGACUAUGUUCAACGAGCAAGUACGGGAGCUGCCUGUCAUUGCGUUGACCGCUAGCGCAAUCAAGGGCGAUAGAGAGAGGUGUUGGGAUGCAGGUAUGGACGACUACUUGACUAAGCCGGCGGCCAGAGAUGAACUGAGACGCACACUGGCGAGAUGGUUGGUUACGCCAAGAAUACGAGGGUUGGAUAGGAGUAGAUCAGCAAACUAA